AUGGAGACUCAAUACGACCGAGCUCUUAGCUCCGUCGCUCAGGUGAAAAUCGCCGACCAAAUUGGAGAUUCCGGCGACGAAGAAGGCGUAAAAGUCUCGUGCUUCACUGAAGUUUUCGAUGACAUUUAUGUAUGGAUUGGUUGUAAUUCCGCCAAAUUUGGGAAUCUGUACGCAGCCGCUUCAACACGACCGAGUAAUACAGUGAGUGUUACUUCAGUACUUGGUGGAACAUCUGAUAAUACUGGAUCUGGAAUCGCGCGUAGAUUAGUGUUGAAGACUGGUCUCAAUAUAAUCUUGGCUUGCAACAUCCCUAAGAACAAUCCUUUGCUUGAGGCAAAAGCUGAGAAAGUGUUGAUCAGAAAGCUGAUUGAUCUUGGUUACACAAUGUCAACACCUUUAAGAUCAGGGUGA